GGGCAGGUAGCUGAGGAGGUCCACGGGCCACCCCGGAGCGCGGGAGUGAGGUACCGAGCCCAGCAAGCCUGACACCCUAGAUCCAGCCCGGGACUCCUGGGUGCUGCGGGUCGAGGUCCGGGUCCACUGGUGGGGACUGAAAAUGGAGGAAGGCGGGAAUCCAGGAAGCUUGACUAAAGUGGUCCAUCUCCUGGUCUUGUCAGGGGCCUGGGGCAUGCAAAUGUGGGUGACCUUCAUCUCAGGCUUUGUGCUUUUCCGAGGCCUUCCCCGACAUACCUUUGGUCUGGUGCAGAGCAAACUCUUCCCUUUCUACUUUCACAUCUCCAUGGGCUGUGCCUUCGUCAACCUCUGCAUCUUGGCUUCACAGUGUGCCUGGGCUCAGCUCACAUUCUGGGAGGCCAGCCAGCUCUUCUUGCUGCUCCUGAGCCUCACACUGGCCACCAUCAAUGCCCGCUGGCUGGAGUCCCGCACCACGGCUGCCAUGUGGGCCCUGCAGACUGUGGAGAAGGAGCGGGGACUGGGCGGGGAGGUGCCGGGCAGUCACCAGGGCUCAGACCCCUACCACCAGCUGCGGGGUCAGGACCCCAAGUACAGCGCCCUCCGCCAGCAGUUCUUCCGCUACCACGGCCUGUCCUCCCUUUGCAAUCUGGGCUGCCUCCUGAGCAAUGGGCUUCAUCUGGCAGGCCUCGCCCUGGCCCUCCACAACCUCUAGCUCCCACUGACUCUCUGUCUCUGCUCGGGCCCCAGAAGUCAAUAAACGCUUCUUUGGAAAUGA